AUGAGAGUCGUUACGAGGCAGGAAGUGUUAAUGAUACCCCUGGUUAUUCACCGAACACUCUCCUGUAAUUAUUUAGCGACUACAAGCCUAAACCCGAGCAUAGGACUGAUGUCGCUGCCAGUGGAGAACGGUCCAUCUGUCCAGGUGCCGCGUUCGCUGAUGCAAGCCUUCCUGAAGCAGGACCCGAACCACCCCGGCCUGGAAACCGUGCGUCUGCCGAACCCGCUGGUCGGUAAUGAAGAGCCCAGCCCACUUCCGCCAUACUGCCGCGAAAUAGAAUCCGAAGUUUGCCUGGUCUGUCGGCGCUGCGGUCGUGCGUAUCCUCAAGAAUCCUCCCUGUUGACGCACCAGCGGUCCUGCUAUUUGGGCAACCAACAGCGCCGAGGGGCCUUGCGUCUAGUUCAGGCCCGCUUCAGCUGCAGUUUGUGCGACACCGCGGCCUCUACUCGGACCUACGGCACCCUCAACGAGUGGCGCCGCCACGCGGAGACCGUACAACACCGCGCGAGGCUCGAGUCUCUUCAAAUUCAGCAGCGAACUUCAGGGUCUUCAAACUUCGGUCAAUUUUCCAGUCCGGACUUCAAUUUGGGGCUCAAUCUCGGCCAAGACGCUACCGAUGAAGAAGCGAACCCUCUUGUCGACGAAAUGGAGGACGUUGUAAACCAAAUUACGCUUCUCGCGGCCCGCGCAGCCGCAGAAAGCACGUCCACGAGCACUCCGAGCGCGGUUGUUUCUCAGGACAACAAUAAUGGCGAAGCUAAGCGGCAAAAAUUGGUCCAGGAAGUCGCGGCCUUGGCUGGAGCACGUUAA